GAACCGGCCCGACCGAGUCAGUGUCAGUCCAUCCACCGCGCACGUAUCAUCCGAAAACCCGCGGCAGCAUGCGAACUCUCGUUACAGUGCGUGACGGUGGACGUGCGCACGUGCCGCGUACCGCCCUGCUGGUGCAGCUGAUCGUUGGCGGGCUGCUGCUGCUCGCCACCGUCUGCCACGAUCGUACCGCGACCGCAUUCAACCUGGACACGAUCAACUACAUCCUGCAGGAGGGCGAACCGAACUCCAUGUUCGGCUUCAGCGUGGUGCUGCACCGCGAACAGAACAAGAGCUGGGUAAUUGUGGGCGCACCGACCGCCAACACAACGCAGAAGAACGUGAUCGAGGGCGGUGCCGUGUAUCGCUGCGACAUUUACGACGAUCACCGGUGCUUUCUGGUGCCGUUCGACACGGAAGGAAACAAUUACAACGAUCAAAACGAACAGAUAGACACGAAGUCGAACCAGUGGUUCGGUGCGACAGUUGCCAGUGCUGGAAUUGAUGGGCCGCUGGUGGCUUGCGCUCCACGCUAUGUGUUCCAUCAGCUGCAUCCGAGAAAGGUGGAACGGGUUGAACCCGUCGGCACCUGCUACUUGGCCAAGAAUAAUAUGCGCGAAUUCCAGGAUAUAUCUCCUUGCCGAACAGCCUACUGGGGCUACCAUCGGCAGGGAUCCUGUCAGGCGGGUUUCAGUGCCGCCCUAACGAAGGAUGGAUCACGUGUUUUUAUCGGUGCACCCGGCAGCUACUACUGGCAGGGACAAAUGUAUUCCAUUAACACCGACGUUGUGUUUCCCUAUAAACCCCCGCGGUAUGGUCAAUUUGGCGAAGGAGGCCAGAUUUAUUCGUUCAGUCUGAACGAUCCGAAGGACAAGGUGUACAAGACGCUGGAGGACACGAAGAAGGAAGACGACAGCUACCUCGGGUACUCGUCAACGACGGGCGACUUUAACGGGGACGGCACGCAGGGCGUUGCGGUCGGCAAACCGCGCGGCGCCCAGCUGCUGGGCAAGGUGCUGAUCUACUCCUGGAACAUGACGAACCAGCAGAACAUAACGGGCGAGCAAAUCGGGGCCUACUUCGGCUACUCGCUGGCGUCGGUCGAUGUGGAUGGCGACCGGCUGGAUGAUCUGAUCAUCGGUGCGCCCAUGUACACCGAACCGAACAACGAGGGCAAGUACGAAACGGGCCGUGUAUACAUCAUGUACCAGGGUUCCGUACCUUCCGGUCGGUUCCGCGAGCUAGACACCCGGGACGGCGUGAACAGUAAGGCACGGUUCGGGCUGGCCGUAUGCUCACUGGCCGAUCUCAACCUGGAUGGGUACGGCGAUUUCGCGGUCGGUGCGCCGUACGAUGGACCAAACGGGCGCGGCGCUGUGUACAUCUUUUACGGCUCACGGACGGGCCCGCUGGAAAAGGCGUCGCAGGUGAUCCAAGCGGAGGAGCUCCCGGUGGUGACGCGGCUGUCCACGUUCGGGUUUGCCCUGUCCGGUGGGAUCGAUCUGGACGGCAACCAGUACCCGGACAUGGUGGUCGGUGCGUACGAGUCCGACAAAGCGUUCGUCUUCAAGGCGCGUCCGGUUGCAGCGAUGGAGGCGAGCACACUGUUCGGGACGGAGCGCAAGCUGAUCGCGCUGGACGACCGCAACUGUACGGUGGUGCAGACGCAGAAACAGGUCGCCUGCACGGUUUUGCACUCGUGCCUCAAGUACAAAGGCAUCAACGUGCCGCCGAGCCUGGACAUCGAGAUCUCGUGGACGUUGGACGCACGCAAAGCACGCAAUCCGCGCAUGUUCUUCCUGGACCAAGAAGGCAACAGCAACCGCACGCUGUCGAUGCGGCUGUUCCGCGACAAGCUGGAAUGUCGCAGCGAUAUGGUGUACGUAGCGGACAACAUACGGGACAAGAUCACACCGCUCGAGGUGGAGAUGGCGUACAGGUUGCGGCAGAGCGCGCAGAGCCGUCAGCGGCGUCCCCGCGCCAACGUCGAACCCGUCCUGGACCACAACCGCGGCACGGUACAGCGCGACACCAUCAACAUACAGAAGAACUGCGGACCGGACAACGUGUGCGUGCCGGAUCUGCGGAUGGAGGUGAAGUCGGUCGAUGACUAUCUGCUCGGCUCCAACAACCUGCUGUCGGUGGAGGUGUUGAUCACCAACAGGGGCGAGGACGCGUUCGAGGCCGGCUUCUACAUGGCCGUACCGAACGGGCUUGACUUCCGGCGCGUCGAUCGGCUGGGCGAGGUGAAGGACGUACCGGUGCUCUGUACCGCACCGUCGGCCGCGACAAAGAAAACGCUCAAGUGCGACAUCGGCAACCCGCUGUCGAGCGGCAAGGUGGUACAUUUCAACGUCAUUCUGGCCCCGUCCUUCUCCGCCGGUAUGGGCUCGAGCUACGACUUUUAUCUGGAGACAAACUCCACCAACGCGGAGGUGCGGGACAGCCAGCACGACAAUGUGGUGCGCAAGAGCAUCGGCAUCUUGGUGCAGACGGACCUGUCGAUGUCGGGCGUAUCGCUGCCGGAGGAGUUUUUGUACAACUACAGCGAGUACCGGACGCUGGAGGAGGCCCGGACGGAGCGCGAUAUUGGACCGCAGGUGGUGCACAUCUAUGAGAUCCGGAACGAAGGUCCGUCCACGAUUGACGAAGCGGAAUUCUUCGUCCUCUGGCCGUUCGAAACGCUCGACGGAGUGCCGCUAAUGUAUCUGCUGAAUCAGCCGGAAACGCACGGCAACAUUGAGUGUCUGCCGACGGAGUACGCCAACCCGCUAAAUCUGGCUAUUGACAGCGUGCUGGCGCGGAAGAGCUUCCUCGAUAAGGUCGGUGUGUCUGGCACGAGCUUCUCCUCGACGAUGGGCCGCACGACUAAAUUUAGCAGCGUGUCCUCCACGGCGGUGGGCAAUGAAGGUGCAGGCGGUGCGUCAUCCGUUUCCUUCCUAUCUACUGGCGGAUCAACUUCUGGUCGCAGUGAUAGCAGUAGCAGUAGCAGCAGCAGCAGUGGAAGCAGCGGUGGCAGUAGUAGUGGUGGUAGAAUUAGUAGUACCAGCAGCACCAGCAGCACCAGCAGUAGCAGUUACAGCAGUAGUGGUAGCAGCAGUUCUGGAAGUAGUAGUGCCAGGGCAAAUGAGUCGAGGUACUCCUCUACGAGUAGAGGUUCGUCGGUUGCCGGUGCGGAAGGAUCGAACUAUCAUCGCACAUCAGGAGGUGGGACCGAGCGGCGCUAUCAAACCGAGGGCAGUGAUUCAAUUUCCACUGGUCGUGCGCACGGUGAAUAUGGCCAGUCUCAAGGAGAGGCAUACUCUAGACAAGGGUACGAACAGCAAGGCUCGCAAGGUGAGGGUUAUCGGCGCCAGCAACAGCAUAAUGAGGGAAGAACACGCGUUGUGGAUGCCAGCUACGGAGCAUCUGGUAGUGGUGCCGCAUCAGCCGGCUAUGAUGCUUCUUCGAGCAGCAGCAGCAGCAGUAGUAGCGGUCGGAACGGUACCACUUCUUCGGUAGUGUAUUACACAUCGAAAAAUCGCACCACCUACCGCGAUGAGAAUGGCCGGGUGCAUGAAACCGAGAGCAGCGAGUUUCGCCGACACAACUAUGGCGGUGAGGGACAGGGCGAUCUGGUGCAUGAGGCCGGCACCACCUCUAGCGUUGCAUCCGGUUCGUCAACACGCCGCCGUAUGAUGAGUCAGCAGGAUGGCGAGACAGCUCCGUCGCGAACGGGUCUUAUUACCGAGUUCAUGCAUCUGGGUGACUACACUGGCCCAGGUGUUGGCUCUACCGCCAGUCACGAUCUGAACCGGUUGGAAAACAAGUUCCGCACCGAGUACUCGCAGCAACAGGUUGGCGGCGGAUCGACGUCGUACCACACCGGUUCAUCAUCGGGAUCCUCCUCGUCUGGCCGGCAAACUCAUUACACUAGUCGGGAGCACCAGCAGCAUCAGAUAGAGUCGGUCACGAGCAAUGCGUACAAUGGAAUAGCAGACGAUCUGGAUCAGGAGCAUGACGAAGAUGACUACGAUUCGUAUGACCGCAGCGAGGAAGACAGCUACGUCGAUCCGGUCGCUCCCGGUGCUGCAGGAAACCGUCGCACGAACCCACCGGGCUACGGAUUACCGCACCUGAAGCAACAUCUCAACCAGGGCCACGAGAAUGUGGAGCAGAAGUUCCGCUACUACCAACGCUUCGAUCGGCAGCGACGUCAGGCGCCGACGAAGGACGAGUCCGAUCGUGCGCUGGAGGAGGCCCUCCGCUGCCAUGCGACGCGCUGCGCCAUCAUCCACUGCAAGGCAGGCCCGAUCGGCAAUAAGGACGUAGCGUUUAUAGCACUUCGUACGCGUGCCGUUGCCCAUACGUUCCACAAGCUGUCGUCGUCUGAAUCGCUGUACUUCUCCACGAUGAAUGUAGCACGCGUACUGAAGCUACCGUACAUUGGGGAACCGAAGGACAAGCCGAUCAAGACGCACGAGAUCAAGGUGUUGGCAUCGCCGGAACGGCUGGUCAAACCGGACGUCGUGCCCCUCUGGAUUGUGGUACUCGCUGCCUGUGCAGGAGCUCUUAUUCUUCUGCUGCUCAUAUAUUUACUGUCGAAGUGUGGCUUCUUCGAGCGCAAACGUCCGACGGACUCGUCCGAGCGGCAGCCACUGAACCGAAACGGUAACUAUCAUGGCGACGAACAUCUGUGA